ACUUUACACUUUACAUGAGCAAGAUGCCGCCUUCAAGAGGACCAAUGGCCAUAUCAUCAGAUGUCGAUGUGUUGACUAGUGAUUCUGAAGUAUUGAAUAUUGUAGAGUCGGACGGCGAUGGGGAUUUCGCUCCUAGUCGACCUGGUAAACGUUCACAACGAGUCUCUAAAAUCGUGUCCAAAACAUCUGUAUCCAAAUCACGGACAAAAUCAAAAUCUUUAAAGUCCACUUCAAGACUAUCUCGUCCAGAAAUAGUUCGUGCCUCCUCAGUUGUUUCCACCGGGUCGUCAGCAUCUGGUACGGCUAGCGCUGACGGGAAAGAGGAUGCCGCCAAGAUUGGGCCGGAAUCGUCACUGGAGGAGCUGUUGAAGCGAGAAGAGCAUCUUCAGCUCCAGAUUGAUAUACUUAUGGAAGAAAUUAAAGUAUUGAGAGGAGGGGAGAAGAGUAACGCGGUCGGUGAUCAAGCCGAGGAAGAGGAAAUUGAUUAUUCCAACUUUGACGCUCCUGAAUGGUGUGUUCCAAUCAAAGCAAAUGUCAUGACCUUUGAAUGGGACCGAUUAGCAGAUGCCUGCCAGUUCGAUGUCAUUCUCAUGGAUCCGCCAUGGCAGCUGGCUUCUCAUGCUCCGACCCGAGGUGUAGCGAUUGCAUACCAGCAGCUUCCAGAUGCCUGCAUUGAAGAGCUUCCUAUCCAGAAACUGCAGAAGAACGGGUUCAUCUUUAUCUGGGUGAUCAACAACAAAUACGUCAAGGCAUUCGAGUUGAUGGAACGUUGGGGAUACAAAUACGUGGAUGAUAUAACUUGGGUGAAGCAGACUGUCAAUAGGCGGAUGGCAAAAGGUCAUGGCUAUUACUUACAACAUGCCAAGGAAACCUGUCUGGUGGGGAGGAAGGGCAAUGACCCACCCGGGUGUCGACAUGGUAUAGCAAGCGAUGUGAUCUUUUCGGAGAGACGAGGACAAAGCCAAAAGCCCGAGGAGUUGUAUGAGAUGAUUGAAGAGCUAGUACCAAAUGGAAAGUAUCUUGAGAUAUUUGGACGAAAAAAUAACCUAAGGGACUUUUGGGUCACAGUAGGAAAUGAAUUAUAAAGAAUAGACUGUCUUGUGGCCAUCUGAUCCCCAUAGAACAUAGACGCCAUAGGCCAUUAAGCAAUGCAACUUGAUGGACAUGGCUUAUGGUCCAUUCGCGAUAUAAGCCUUCGGCAGCGGGAGAGAUGUCACAGACAAGUCCCUGG